AUGAACCAGAAAUUAUUAAAAGUCCCUCAGGAUGAGGAGAUAAGAGAGGCCACUUUUGCUAUAAACCCGGAGAAGGCGCCAGGACCUGAUGGUAUGACAAGCCUCUUUUACCAACGAUUUUGGGCGACGGUUGGUAAAGAUGUGUGCGCCAUGGUACGAGAGUUCUUUAUCACUGGCGAGUUAGAUGAAAGAAUAAAUGCAACAAAUAUUUGCUUAAUUCCGAAGACGGAGCGACCAGCUAAGAUGUCAGAGUUCCGCCCCAUCAGCCUAUGUAACGUUGGAUAUAAAAUCAUAUCGAAGAUUCUCUCGACAAGACUCAAAAGAAUUCUCCCGAAGAUCAUCUCUGAAACGCAGUCUGCCUUCGUAUCUGGUCGGUUGAUCACUGAUAACAUCUUUGUAGCCCAGGAGAUGUUUCACGCCCUUAGAACGAACCAGAGCUGUAAAGGAAAGUACGUGGCGAUCAAGACCGACAUGAGCAAAGCUUAUGACCGGGUCGAAUGGAGCUUUAUGGAGGCACUGUUACUAAAAUUUGGGUUCGAUGCCCAUUGGGUUAAUCUGGUUAUGAAGUGUGUUUCGACAGUGUCAUAUCAGGUGCUAAUAAACGGAGAGGCUAGGGGAUAUAUCAAGCCAUCAAGGGGGCUUCGGCAGGGGGACCCCAUCUCGCCUUUCCUCUUCAUUCUAUGCACGGAAGUUUUGAUUUCCCACAUCCGACAAACGGAAGCAACGAAGAAAAUAUCCGGUAUGAAAAUCGCACGAGGAAGUCCAGCGAUAUCUCACCUUUUGUUCGCAGAUGACAGUCUGUUCUUUUGCAAAGCGGAGCAAUCCCAAUGUGAAGAAUUGGUUCGAAUCAUUGACGUCUAUGGGUCAGCCUCAGGACAACAACUGAAUAAAGAAAAAUCUUCAGUUCUGUUCGGUUCUAAGGUCAUAGCGUCCAUUAAAUCAGAUCUGAAAAGAUCACUUGGUAUUACCAAAGAAGGUGGGAUGGGCAUGUACUUGGGGAUGCCAGAGAAAAUUUGUGGAUCAAAAAAACAAGUUUUCUCUUUCGUGCAAGAUCGUAUGAACGGAAGAAUUAACUCAUGGUCAGGUCGAUUGUUAUCGAAAGGGGGCAAGGAGGUCCAGAUAAAAUCAGUAGCGCAGGCAAUACCAACAUAUGUGAUGUCAUGCUAUCAACUACCAUUGGAGAUUUGUAAUAAAUUAUCCGCCGCAGUGGCGCGUUUUUGGUGGGGAGUACGAAAUAAUAACCGAGGUCUCCAUUGGGUAGCCUGGGAUAAAAUUUGUGUCCCUUUGGACGAAGGAGGUUUGGGCUUCCGAAACUUUAGAGAUUUUAAUCUGGCUUUACUUGCUAAACAAGUAUGGCGACUCCUAACUAAGCCUCACUCCUUGUUGGCAAGAGUACUGAAAGGAAGAUACUACAAGCACUCGAACCCGAUCACUACGGGUAAGGCGAAUAACCCGUCCUUUGGAUGGAAGAGUCUAAUGGCGGCAAAACAGGUCCUAUCUGAUGGUCUACAGAGGAAAAUAGGGACAGGAGCGGAGACUUAUGUUUGGAAAGAUGUGUGGCUACCCACGAACCCACCUCGGCCAGCGAUCCCACGAGAUGGAAACACUGAAACUGGUCUAAUGGUUCACCAUCUUAUUGACUUUGAACGGAAGGAAUGGAACAUUGUUCUUGUGCAGGAACUAGUGGCAGCUGUCGAUGUCCCGAGAAUCUUAUCACUUAAAGUAAGCCGCACGGGUCGAAGAGAUGAUUAUACGUGGAGCCAUACGAACUCGGGGAACUACACCGUACGCUCAGGAUAUGAUGUCGCAGUAAAGCAGAGGAAGCAAGGCGAGAAUGAAGCCAUGAUGGAGCCAAGUAUUACGGAGAUAAAGAAAAAGAUAUGGAAGUUAAAAUGCCCGAGGAAGAUAAAACAUUUCUUGUGGAGUGCAGUGUCGGGUUACGUAGCAUCUGCGAGUAAGCUAAAGGAAAGACAUUGUGGUAAUGAUGCGGUGUGUCAAAGAUGCGGUACGGAGCAGGAAACUAUAAACCAUAUUAUUUUUGAAUGCCCUCCGGCCGUACAAUGCUGGGCACUGUCGUCAAUACCAUCCUCUCCGGGUAUAUUCCCGUGUUCAUCAAUCUAUACAAACAUGGAUACACUUAUCCAACUUGUAGCUAAUACAUCAAUGCAAGAUACACAAGUCUCUAUGUUUCCAUGGCUGAUUUGGUAUCUAUGGAAGGCGCGUAACGAGAAGUGCUUUAACGCAAAGGAUGUGGCGCCUUUAGAUACGCUCCAGCUUGCUAGUAGUGAAGCCCAAGCAUGGCGCAUAGCACAGAUCGUGGAGAUCAAUGCAGAGGAAGGCAAGCCAGCGGAAGACACAGGACUAAGCCUCAACCAUCGCGACACUGACUGCAAAUGGAUUUGCCAGGUUGACGCCUCCUGGAAGGAUGAAAACGAAGGAACAGGGCUCGGGUUUAUUCUUUUUGAAGAUCGACGUAUGAAGUUACUUGGCAUUAAGCACUAUGACAAGGUAGCUUCACCAAUCCAUGCUGAAGCUGAAGCCUUAAGCUGGGCCCUGAGAGAGACGCGGAAGAUAGGUGUUUGCGAAGUGAUUGUUGAAUCGGAUUGCCAGCAACUUGUACACCUCAUCAACAUGCCGCAAGAGUGGCCUGCGCUUGGCCCUGAGCUAGAUGAAAUCGAUUUCUUAUGCUCGGAAUUCUCUUCUAUCUCAACUGUUUUUAUCAAACGUUUAUUCAAUAGCCGUGCGGACUGUCUCUCUAAGGCAGGACGAUCACGAGCUCCAAACUUCUGUUACUUGGGUGAUAAGGCUCCUCCAUGGCUGGCUAAUGAAGCUAGCUUAUGUGAACCUUUAGUUUCUUAA